GUUAUCGACAAAGUUCGCGACCGCAAAAGGCUAUCACGACGCCAAUGCUCGAAUCCAGUCCUGGGUAUGCCAUCUUUAGCGAUCUGAGGAGAAGAAUGGGUACUUCCUCUUCUCAGCCCGUACCUCCCCCGAACCGCGACGCCGCGACGGUAGCUUCCCCCGCCACGGCGCGCAGGUCCCACUUUAUCGCAGAUCCAGACAUGGAUGACGUCGCCGCAUCAGAGCAACUCAUGAGCGAAAAGGGCACGCGCAUCGGCGCUGCCGGCUCGAUUGGCACUCUUUCCCAGGUCGACGGCAGCCAGGAUGCCUCUCCCCUUCUACACAAGAAGCGCAAGCGAAACAGCGCACUCGGUCUGACGAAGAAGAGUGUCGCGAUAUCUCCAGCUAAAGGCAUGCUAGCCCAGAGCGACGUUCCAGCGUCAUCUCCCUUUCCCUUUCCCGCAACGCAACCGGAGCCCGAAUCGCCUGCUGCCAAUGGUUUCACGCAUUCCACCGCAGUCGAAGUACCAGACUCUCAAAUCCCCGUACUACUCGCGCAACCAACUGCUUCCUCGCCCAUGCCCAGCCAAGUCAUUCCGUCCAGCGCAACCAAAGGCAAACGUACAUACAAGCAGAGCAAGCAGUCAAAACGCGAUCGGGCCAUUAGCGACGCUAUGCAAGACGUAGAUACAGACCAGGACGGUGACACAGCUAUGGUUGCAUACGAGGCCGCCUCACCCUCGCAUACGGCUUUAAAACACAAGCGCUCCCAAGAAGCGGAGGCGCCGGAUUCCAACGACGCAGAUUCACGCAAACCCGCCAGAGGAAGCGCUGACGGAACACCUUCAUCGGCUAAGCGGCGGAAAAUUGGGACGCCAAAGUCGCUGACUACACUACGAGACCUUAUCGGGGGCGGGGAAGACGAGGAUGACGAGCAACUAAGGACCGUCCAGAAGUCGAAGCUGAAACGAAUCAAGAAGCCGCAAACCCCCAUCGCGAGAUCAAGAAACCUUUACGAGAUUCCCGACGAUGAUCCUCGUCCUACGAAUGGAGAGGCCAGCAACACGCAGACAUCUACCCCCAAGCCGCGUCUCAGUUUGAAGAAGACAAAGAAGAACAAGGACAACAUCGACAAUGCGCCUACCCCAGUUCGCACGCCUGCUCAGCCGUCGGGCGAGGAGCAAGACGAAGACAGCAUCAUGCAAGAGCCCGUGUCCAGUGAUGAGGCAGAAGACGUUGCUCCGCCCUCUGGCCAUGACCACAGCAAUUUUAAAGAGAACAAGAAGACCAAGAAGAGGCGGUCAUCUGCAAAGAAAGCGACACCACGGCGCGGGAGCGGCAGAUACAGCUUUACCUGGAAAGAUCCCCCAUCUGGUACCGCGGCAGAGAGAGCAUUGAACACGGCGCAUGACCUACAACACCCCCCGGACCUACGAAGCUCCGGCGACUUCACUGCAGACGAGGAAGAGCUCAUCCGUCGAGCUAUCGUAGACUACCAGCAGAGGAAAGGCUUGGAGGUGUCUGAGCUUGUGGACAUUAUACAAUGGAAUCCACAUGACCCUAGCUUCAACACUGGCGAUGGAAGUAUAUCAUCCAAGAGCGAGUGGACGCCACAGGAUAUCGAGGACGCGCGUGAAAGCGCGGAAUUCUGGGACGACAUCAAGCACAUCAGCACGGAACGCUCGCUCGACAGACUGAGAAGGCAUAUCCGCCAGACAUACCAUCAGUUCAAGAGAGGAGUCUGGACGGAAGAGGAAGAUAAACGUCUGAAAAGUCUCUAUGGGACGCACCCGAACCAGUGGAAGGUUAUCUCGGUAGGCAUGGGGGAUCGUUCCAUGCACGACUGUCAAAACAGGUGGCGGGAUUACUUGCAAUACGGUGAUAAGCGCAGGUCUUCACGCUGGGACGAGGACGAGGAGGAGCUUUUCAUCCGCGCCGUCACAACGGUUGCCCAAAGAGACGAAGAUCACCGCGCUCAAGAAGGGUUACCGCCCAUUGACGAAUACACACUCAAAGACAUCAACUGGCAGCAGGUCAGCCGUGAGAUGGAAAACACCCGAAGCCGGAUCCAGGUCGUACAGAAGUGGAGGAAUCUGCAGAAGCGCGAAUUUCCGCCAGAGAUCAAGGUGGAACGCAAGCCUAGGAAGGAGAGGCCUGCUGCUUCCAGAUCUGCGAUUUCCGAGCCUACUCCCAAGAAGCGCGGGCGGCCAAAGGGGGAGGAGGGUGCAACACCCAAACCCAAUCCUCGCUCUGCCAAGUCACAGGAAGUCAUCCACAACUCGGAUGAUGAAGAGGCCCAGGCUUUGCCGCCGAAGAAGAAGGCUAAACGGCCAAAGAAGAGUGAAGGUUCAGAAGUGAAGAAGCUCAAGAAGUUCCGCACGGCCGGAACCGACGAGAUUGUUGACAACUCGGAUGAAGAAGACCUGGCCCACAAAGAAGCGGACAGCCCGCCGAAGAGGAAGUGCAGAAAGUCACAGAAGAGCGAGGUCACGGAAGCCAACGAUAACAAUAAGUCUCGCUCGACCAAGACACGGGAUGUCGUUGAGAACUCAGAUGAGGAGAAGGCCCAGGCCGAUCAGCAAUCGAAGGUUUCGCCGCCGCCGAAGAAGCGUGGGCGACCACGGAAGAGCGAUACUCUGGAAUCGAACGAACCGGAGACGCGUACUGAGCCUGAAGUUCUCGAGGAGUCAGUAGCAGAUCUUGAGCUUACAGAUGACGAUCAGUCCGAGUCUGUACAAGGCGUCGACAGAGUUGUGGAUGAAACCCAGCCAGUUGUGCAGGAAACCCAAGUAGAUCCGGCCCUGAUAGAUCCGGCUCUGGACUUGGACCGUACUCAAUUACCGACAACUGGUGAUGACGCCGAGCAGGAGAUUGAGGAACCAUCCGAUGAAGAGGAACCAUUCAGCACCGCACCGAUAGUUUCCCAGGAGCAACUGCAGAGAGACGACAACAAUGAAACACAACAGGAGAAUGAGGACUCGAUUGAGGAUGCCGACCCAAUUGAAGACGACGAAGAUCAACACAGUGUUGCAUCGAGCAGCUCAUCGCAAGACUCGGACGACGACGAGUCCGAGCACGAUAGUAAAGUCUCAGCGCCAACGGAGAACGAUGAGCUUCCUGGUGGGGAGGCCCAGCCCAGUGUCACGUCGGCCAAUUCAGAUGGCACGAAGCCGACCGUAUCCGCCGGUGACAAGAUGCAAUGGGGCGACAAGUACGAUCUGAUCGCGAGCUUGCAGAAUCAUCGCGAUGAUCGUGAAGAAGAUGGAGACUUUAAUUGGGACAAGAUCGCAGAAGAAGUGGCAGCUGAGCGCAAGUACAUUUGGACUCCGCAAGUACUACAGACUGCGUUGGACCAGCUGAUUCAGCUUCUCCGCGAUAACUGCAAAGAAGUGGAUGAGGAUGACCUGGACGGGACCGUGGAUGAUAUAAUGGAUUUCAUCUCCUCGGAACAUGGAGAGCAGAUCGACGAGUACUACGACCUUUCAUAGGAAAUGGACUGAUACGCGUCGCUGGUUUCGUCGCUUUCAGGCGCUUCGAGCGGCAGUAGUGCAUCUUCCGUACUUGGAGUAACACAAUCAAAUCGUGUACAUGGCAUAUAAGAACAUAUACACCAUCGCGUAGUGCAGCAUAGCAUAAUAUCUAGCGUUCCUCCCGCACCCCGUAUCCUCCACCAUCGUGACCUCUCUAAACGAAGCCAACACCUGCACUAAGCCCCUUCGCCACAUCGCGCUCGGGUGCCAACCGAGAUCUCACUCACUUGCCCCCCAUUGUUACCCACACGACCAUCUACUUUCGCGUGCGUAGCGCAUCGCACAUAGCGUAUUCUAGUCUGGUUGUUCAUGGAUGUGCCUAGCGAAGAUCGAACAACGAAGGCGAAGUAAACGUUGUGUCGAUACAUCCGGCGUGUCUUACUUGCCCUAGAGCGUUUACGGAAGGGAUUACUUCCGUGCUG